AUGCUUGCGCACCUUCGGUGCCUACACGGACGAGAGGACGAGACGUCGGGUAUCAAGCGUGGUUGCGACGACCGAGCGCAGAGACUGUGCGGGUGUGGGCUGGCCGGUGCGAGCGUAACGGUCGAGCGCGGAGAUCGUGCAUGUGUAGGUGGUUGGGUGCGAAGAGGGGGGGGGCACCAAGAAAGACUUGGAGUGGCGGGCUGUGAGCACUGGCCAGUGGCGGGGACUGGGCUUGCGAUCCACGUGGAUACGCCGGUCUGUCGUGCGCUGCUGAACGCACGCUAA